UGUGCUGGAGCCUCUGACUUGCAGCCUGCUACGAGGUUUCUGAUUCACGGUCAGACAGGAGCAGAGUAAAACUUUUGGAGCAUAUGAGUAACGAUCACCAUGCCCCCCCCAGGGCAGCUGCAGGAACAGACGGGAUAGCAUGAGAAAGGAAGAACCACUCGCCUGAUUGCAGAGUUGAGGAGAGGCACAUGACUCGGGUCUUAAAAGGGAUACACAUUUCAGCUGUGAAGGACGACUGGAAAAGACUAAAAGCUUCACUUAAAUGAGGAUUACUGGACGUGUGGGAAACUGUUAUGAAGGACUUUGGAUACUAAUACAGGUAUUUCGUGGCAGUGAUGUAUACUUUUCUUCUUGGUGUUUCAGAACAUAAAACCAGACAAACUGAGGAUUCUUCAUUAUUCCAGGAUUGUUUUUCCUACCCAAAAGAGAUGUAAAUGCUCCCUGUCUGUUGCACGUUGGAUUAACAAGUUGAACCUGGAUUUUUUUUUUUUUGGAGUACGUGAGGUAUACUCAGUGAAUUAACAUAUAAACUGUCCAGCCUGGUCUAAAAAUGUAUAAUAGCACCAUACAAACUUAUAACAUCAGCACAGUGGGCUUCACUCAAAAUUACAUGAUUUGCAACAAGAGUGAUGACUUCAAGUACCCUCUGUAUAGCUCAGUUUUUAGCCUUGUGUUUGUGGUUGGACUUUUCUUCAAUAUGGUGGCUGUAUACAUUUUUGGCUGUACACUGAAGCUGCGGAAUGAGACCACGACGUACAUGAUAAACCUUGUCGUUUCAGACUCUCUUUUUGUACUCAGUCUGCCUUUUCGGAUUGUUUACUUCAUCAAACGCGAGUGGCUAUUCGGAAGUGUCCUGUGCAAGAUCUCUGUGGCCCUGUUCUACACCAACAUGUACGGCAGCAUCCUCUUCCUCACCUGCAUCAGCGUCGACCGGUUCCUGGCCAUUGUGCACCCUUUCCGGUCCCAAACCAUUCGUACUAAAAGGAACGCCAAACUGGCCUGCUGCACGGUGUGGGUGAUGGUUCUCUCCGGGAGUAUACCCACUGGCUUCCUUUUGGACACCACUUCACCCAAAAACGCCAACUCCUCCACAAACUUCUGCUUUGAAAACUACUCCAAAAAACAGUGGAAGGCUGAGCUGUCUAAGGUGGUGGUGUUUAUUGAGACAGUGGGCUUCAUCAUCCCAUUGAUGCUCAACGUCUUCUGCUCCGUCAUGGUGCUACGAACACUGAGGAAACCCCAAACCAUCAGUCGUGGAGGGAACCUCAACAAGGCAAAGAUCUUGAGGAUGAUCAUUGUGCAUCUGCUCAUCUUCUGCUUCUGUUUCAUUCCCUACAAUGUUAAUCUCAUGUUCUACUCCCUGGUCCGAUCCAAUGUCCUAAAGGGAUGCAACGCAGAGGAUGUGGUCAGAACCAUCUACCCCAUUGCUCUGUGCAUAGCAGUUACCAACUGCUGCUUUGAUCCGGUCAUUUACUACUUCACUUCAGAGACCAUUCAGAGCUCCAUCAAACGUAAGUCCACAGUAUGGCACAAUGGUGCCAAGCUGUUCGACAGACUACAGAUGGACAGCACACAAAGCAGUCCAAAUACAACACCCAAGAGCCUGACCCUGAGGACUCUGAGACCUAAAAUGUUUGACAAUGAGUCUACAGUCUAAUGACAGCUCUAUAAUGAAUUUAAUGAGUAUUGCACGAAACUGGAUUUGAACAUGGAAGACGUAGGGGGAAGCAGCCUGGCCUUGAUGAUCAUUAACAACACAUCAGUACAAUGGUUACUAAGGAGUCACUCCCUCACCUACUAGACACCACAGAGACUUUAGACUGGGACGGAUCUCUGUUCAGUCGAUAAAAGAGUGGGAAAGGUCAAAGAGGAAACAAAUACAACAAAAUAUUAGUGUGUUGCAGCAUCACUAGCCUGUAUUAUGGUGAAAAUCCACAAAACUCUUUGUUCUGUUAAGAUAUAAGUUUAUAAUACGUGUUAGUGGAAAUGUCUAAGUAUAAGCCAUAGUCAUGUGCAUGGUGCUGUGAACAGUUAUAUGUAAUUGUAGUCUUAUUCCUCAGUGCAGACUCUCCUUUCAGAAAAGUCUGCUUGGGCAUGCUGAACCAGUAUUACAACUCAUUUUAUGUACUGUGCUGUGCAGUUUCUAAGCAGAUGUGGCCUCACUAAAGCUUUCAUGCACUUUAUAGAGCAGCAUGUUCUAUAACAGCUUUUACCCCUUAUACUGAAAGCAAAUAAAAGAGUGUCGACU